UCCUCAUUCACUCAUUCUCCUUACCACUCCACACACAAACACUUGUUCAAUUUUCUUACUUACUCUGUUGCUAAUGGCUGAUACGUCUGGUUCUGGUGGCUCCGGAGGGAGAAUGUGGUGUUCCAUGCCUGAGAAGUUUCAGCUUCAUGCGGCCAUGCUGGCCUUGCAGUUUGGUUAUGCUGGUUUUCAUGUUGUCUCUCGUGCUGCACUUAACAUGGGCAUUAGCAAGCUUGUGUUCCCUGUUUACAGAAACGUCAUCGCACUAAUUCUCCUUCUUCCAUUCGCAUAUUUUCUGGAGAAGAAGGAAAGACCAGCAAUUACUCUCAACUUUCUCCUUCAGUUCUUCCUCCUUGCACUUGUGGGAAUAACAGCAAAUCAAGGUUUCUACUUGCUGGGUUUGGACCACACCUCACCCACCUUUGCAUCAGCAGUUCAAAACUCUGUCCCUGCCCUUACUUUUCUCAUGGCAGCCCUUCUAAGGAUAGAAAAAGUAAGGCUGGACAGAAAAGAUGGGAUAGCCAAAGUGAUAGGAACAAUCUGUUGUGUGUGUGGAGCAACUGUGAUCACUUUAUACAAAGGUCCAGCGAUAUAUAGUCCAGCUCCACAACUACAUACAAUCCUCGAACCCGAACCCGUACCCGAACCAACCUUUUUUGCUUCUUUAGGAGAUGCUCAAGGCAAGAGCUGGACCCUCGGGUGUGUCUAUCUCAUUGGUCAUUGCUUGUCCUGGUCCGCUUGGCUCGUCUUGCAAACACCGGUUCUCAAGAAGUACCCGGCCCGGCUCUCCGUCACUUCUUACACAUGUUUCUUUGGACUCAUACAGUUUCUUAUCAUUGCUGUUUUCGCUGAAAGAGACCUCCAAGCUUGGAUUUUCCACUCUGGCGGCGAAGUCUUUACCAUACUCUACGCGGGAGUGGUGGCAUCAGGGAUUGCCUUCGCUGUACAGAUAUGGUGCAUUGACAGAGGGGGCCCUGUCUUUGUUGCUGUGUAUCAGCCUGUUCAGACUCUUGUUGUCGCUAUUAUGGCUUCCAUUGCUUUAGGCGAAGAGUUCUACUUGGGAGGGAUCAUCGGUGCGGUGCUGAUCAUAGUGGGAUUAUACCUGGUCUUGUGGGGCAAAAGCGCUGAGAAAAAGUUCGCAUUGGAAAGGGCGGCAAUCCAGUCCAUCCAGGAGCACGGUACCAUCAGAACAUCAGCCCACGUCAAGGCCUCUCUCGCUCAGCCACUCCUUCCUCCGUCAACGGAAAAUGUUUGACCGUGAAAAAUCCUAACUUUGAACACCAGUCAACAAUUCAUGUCUGUUUGGCUGGAGAGAAAGAUCAAGGGAGAACUAUUUCCCAGUAGUAGAAGUUUUGUGUGCGUAUGAUGAUUUCCUUUUCCUUUUCUUUUAUGGUUUAAUCUCUUUCUAUUAGUUAGAGAAAAAAGAAGAAGAGAGGGUUGUGGCUUGUGGGUUGUUAUCGUUUUGUGGGUUGAAACCCCACAAGCUUUGAUUAUGAUGUUGCAAUAUGGUUUGAUUUAAGAGACAAUAUAUGCAAAUUAUCAAGUUAAUUGCACAAGAAUGUCAUUAUGGUUUGGA